UGUCAGACUUGGCAACCUCGCAGCGACGAGCUCACCACCGUCGUAGUUCCAGGGCUAGGCUAGCUGUCUGGAACCUUCGAGAUGUUUGUUGUGCUUCACAGGAGAAGUCGCGUGCAGUUUCCGACAUUUCAAUGCUCUCUCAAUAAUGGCAUGGUGCGCGAGCUGUUCUGCAGCACGCCGGCUUACUAUCUCGUCUGAACCGAACCUGGAGCUAGCCUGUUAGCCUGCGCGCGAGCCAUCAGCAGCUGUACAAACACUGACCCCCAAAAUGGUGUUCUUGUUAAACCCUCUGGAGAAUCUGAAGACCUACAUAAGCAACCGUCCGCCGCUGGUCAUAUUUAUGGUCAGUGUAAGCGCCGUGGCCAUUACCUUCCUCACGGUUGGGUAUUUCUUCAAGAUCAAGGAAAUUAAAUCACCUGAAAUGACAGAGGACUGGAACACCUUUCUACUGCGUUUCAACGAGCUGGACUUCUGCAUCUCGGAGAACGAGACGCUCAAGCAUGGCCUGAACGAGUCGACCACACCGGAGAGCACCGUGACAAGCAGCCAAUCACGAACCAGCACUCAAGCGCCAUUACUGCUGGAGGAUCCGGGUCCGAUUAACAUCUCCGUCACCAUUACGCUCACCCUGGAUCCUCUGAAGCCGUUCGGCGGUUAUUCGCGCAACAUCACCCACCUGUACUCCACCAUAAUGGGCCAUCAGGUUGGCCUGGCUGGCAGGGAAGCUCACGAAGAGAUGAACAUCACUUUCACACUGCCUGCGUCCUGGAACUCGGACGACUGCGUUCUGCACGGACGUUGCGAGCAGGUGGUCUUUAGCACCUGCAUGACCGUCAGCGCAGCCAGUAACGUCUUCCCCGUAACAGUGCAGCCACCGCACUGUAUUCCAGAGACGUACAGCAACGCAACAUCCUGGUACAAGAUCUUCACCACAGCUCGGGAUUCAGACACCAAAUACACGCAGGACUACAACCCUUUUUGGUGUUACAAAGGUGCCGUCGGGAAGGUGUACCACACUCUGAACCCUAAACUCACAGUCAUUGUACCAGAAGACGACCGCUCUCUCAUCAACCUGCACCUAAUGCACACCAGUUACUUUCUGUUUGUCAUGGUGAUUACAAUGUUCUGCUAUGCAGUCAUUAAGGGCAGACCUGGCAAAGUAAGACAGAGCAACCCGGAUUUCUGUCCAGAAAAGGUAGCCUUGUCUGAGGGAUAAAUCCGAUCAUGGGCAAAAAUACGGACUGAACUUGUUCAGCGGCGGACCGGAUAAUCUGGAAUAAACCAUAUCGGACGUGGAGGGGGGGGCACGGAAAAAAACAACAACAACAACUAGUCGCCAGUAGGAAGGUGACGACAAACUGUGAUGCGAAUCUCUGCAAUGUUGGGUCACUCCAACCAAAGACUUUCAAGUGCCUGUAUCUACUGUGUAAAUGCUUGUAGGACCCUUAUAUUCAGUACAGAAGCACUUUGCCUAAACCCCUCCCCACUUCCCCAUGUGCCACAAAGUAUGUGAAGACGGAACGAGCGACAGCACUUAACCAUGAUAUCAUUCAAACAUCAUUCGACUUUUUUUUUUUUCCCCCUUCCCUCUGAGCACCUUUUUUGUCUCCCACUUUCUUAUUUGUGUCAUCUGUGAUAACUGUCCAGUAGUGUUUCUGCUUUUUUUUUGUUGCUCUUUUGUUUAACUUCUUUUUUUUUUUGAGAGAGAGAGUAAUGGCAUCUAGAGAAUGACCUGGAAAGCCAGUGGACUGCUCAGCAAUGAUUUAUAAUCCAGAUGAUUUUUUUUUUUUUAUUUACAGUGUGUAUGUGUGCUACCUAGAUGCCAGUAGAUAUAAGGGUCAUUUAAUAAAAGAAAAAAAAGACUCCUAAGACCUGAAGGACAGAAAGUUCGUCUUCUUUCAGAUUUGGCUGGACGAUGCUCCAGACAUCAGUGAAACAGGAAGAAUCGUCAUUGAUGGAUUCUCCGAUCGGGACUGAUUCAUCACCUCUCAGAUUUUGACGUUGGUUGACGUCCAGGUAGACUGAAUGACUGAAUAUACAGCAUUCAUGAAAAUCUCACAUACAGUCUUAUUUAAAAUGUGAUGUAAAAAAAAAAAAAAAAGUUUUAUCAUGUGUAAUCUAUUACCUCAAACAUUAUCGCUUCAUUUAAUUUUGGACAUGAAACAGCUUCCUGCUAAAUUCUUUUCACUUAGAAAUUCAUUCCUGGUGUCUGUUCUGCGUUACAUAUCAUCAUAUUCGUCUUUAAUCUUUUAACCUCGUUGCCUAAUUCCACGUAUGGAACGAGAUAUCAUCCCGUAACACGACAAUGUCUGCGUUCACAUUCGACAGUGCGAUUAUUUAGCGGAUUUGCGUUAGAGAAGGAAAUUUUCCAAGGAUUUGGCUUUGUUUCUCGUAUUUAGGAAGCGGUGGGGGAGGGGCAUAUUGACCACCAAAAAAGCAACAGCAAAAUCAGAAAGCGUGAAGUCAACAAUAAAUCAGAACCAGGCUAUUCAGAUUCAUUUCUAUCAACGACAUUCCUACGUUUGUUUGUUUUGAAAAUGUAUGCUGUCAACUGUUAAUUGCAUGCCAUUCAUAAGAGUUCACUGAAAACCUGCCUAAAGGAAGCCAAGUUUGUGAAAAGAAAAUUAUUCUUCAGUACAGUAAUUAGUAACUGUUUUUGCUAUACUAAUGGCAUAAUAAAGGUUUUUUUCUGAACAGCAAUAGGCAUGCACCGUGUCCAAUCAGCAGGAAGGAGCAAGGAAUGAAGACAACGUACACUAUGUUGCCAAAAGUUUUGGGACACUUCACCAAAUCAAUGAGUUCAGGGGUUGGGCUCGGCCCCUUAGUUCCAGUGAAAGGAACUCUUAAUGCUUCAGCAUACCAAGACAUUUUGGACAAUUUCAUGCUCCCAACUUUGUGGGAAGGCAAGACAUCCCAGUUUUGGAAUGGCUCAGAGUCUCUGUUCUAAUUCAUCCCAAAGGUGUUCUAUCGGUUUGAGGUCAGGACUCCACAAGUUCCUCCACACCAAACUCACUCAUCCAUGUAUUUAUGGACCUUGCUUUGUGCACUGGUGUGCAGUCAUGUUGGAAUAGGAAGGGGUCAUCCCCAAACUGUUCCCACAAAGUCCGGAGCAUGACGUUGUCCAAAAUGUCAUUAAGAAUUCUGGAACUAAGAGGCCAAGCCCAACCCCUGAAAAAAACAACAGGUGUCUGAAAACCUUUGGCAAUGUAGUAUAUUUCUGAUGUUGCUGUUGCCUUUUUAUUUUUCUUUAAGCGAGAAGGAUUAAUAACACAUUCGCCGACAUCCAACGUCUCUUUCACUCUAGCCGCUCACCAACACGUGCUGUCAGACCACUAAUGUGCCUUUGCACUAAACAUCCAUGUACAUAGCUCACCCACUUGAUUAGCAACACCAGACAAACACCGGAACUGAACCUGUCGCUAAAUUAAUUAAUGUCUUAAUCAAAAACUAGCAGGUGAAAUUAUUCGUGUUCGCAUCUUUAGCCAUAAUGUCUUGUGGCGUUCGUGAUUUUCUCCAGAAAACCAGUCACCGGUUCAAGUUUAGUUAGGAUUCAUUAAUGGAUGUGUUUCAGAAAAGCAAUACUUCACAUUUAAAAGUGUCUCUCUCUCUCUCUCUUUUUUUUUGUCUUGUAUUGCUUAUAUAAUCCAUAAAUAUACUUUUUUCAGUUUUAUGUUGAGUUUUUAAUUCAUUUCAAUCACUUUUAAUGUGAAUCCCCCACCCCCAAAAAAAAAAAAAAAAGUGAAGGAUAAAGUGAUGAGCAAUGGAAAUGUGAUGUGGAAUUUCUGGAUGCUGCCUUUUUUUCUUUUCUUUUUUUUUUUUUUGGAUCAUAUUGAUCUGUCCCCUCGUGUUCCUUCCCUCAUGUGAGACGUUUUAAUUCCAUCCUUAACCUGAGUUGCUUAACCUAUUCGCAAGUGUGUGAUGCCAUCGCGCUCCUCCUUUCACCUGUCUUAAUGCAUGAUUGUAAAUGUCCUACCUGCUGACUGGUCCCUUAGAAGACAAUCCCAUUGUUUCUGUGCUGUUUGUAAAUGACUGUAGACACACGCUUCGCUGAAUAAAAAUCAACCAUGAAUAAUGAA